AAGUCCAAGAAGCCACGCAAGGCGCGCACGGCCUUCACUGACCACCAGCUGUCCGUCCUGGAGAAGACGUUCGAACGCCAGAAGUACCUCAGCGUCCAGGACCGGAUGGAGCUGGCGUCCAAGCUCAACUUGACGGACACGCAGGUCAAGACGUGGUAUCAAAACAGAAGGUAAGAUCACUGCAUUUUUUGCAUAUUUAAAAAAAAUAAAAAUAAUAUACUUUAAUCACUAAGAGCUUUCCACCCAAUGAAUUUAAAUAGGUUUUAAAUUGUUUACUUUGCUAUGGUCCUCCAACAAAGUUAUCUAUCUAACAUUAUCUUCAGUUCUGUUCCAAGUGAAGAUUUUGAAAAGUCAGAUUUCUUCUUAAAUUAGCUCAACAUUAAAUAGGAUGACAGUAUUUUAAUACGUAAAUAACUUGUUCAGAUUAGCCCAAAUUUUAAAAUUAUAUGUUGAUGUUGGUUGCGUGCUAAGGAUGAAGAGGUCUUAUCUGUUUUACAUUGACCAAAAUCGAGGAAAAAAUAUCGAAAAGGAAAUGAGCGAAAUGAAAUAUUGGAAAACGUUAGGAAAAAAAAACAGACAUAGAAGCAGUCUCUCCCGCUUAUUACCACAAUAUAUGUUUAUGUGUGUAUAUAUAAUUAAAAGAUUUCUUUACAAAAAUUGAGAAAACCUAAUUUUAAGGUUCGUUUCUUACUUUUAAAAGUGCAUUAUUGUCAAAGUCAUUAUCCCAUGGGGAAAGCCAUGAGCCUUUUUAAUUUCGAGCUCGAGAAUCUUUGUCCCCCCUAAGAUGACAACUUGAGAAGCUCCCAAUAUUUAUGUCAAGCUUCCCCCAAACAGCAGACGCCCUCUUUACAGUUUCCGACCCUCGCGAGUUCAACGUUCCACAUCAAACAUCCCUGAAUCCGUGCUACCUUACCGCUGUUGCUCUCUACGCUCUCCUACUGAUGCUCAGCCGAGCGCAUCAACUGCUCGGUUACCUAUCCAAGCAGCGAGUUGUUUGCUGAAUGUUUUCUCGCAUAAUUUGUCGUUUACAUCUGACUGUUUUCCUCGGCACUUGGCCACCAUCUUUGUCAAACACACGGUGGGGGAGGCCACUCCUGGGCGUCCUUCUCUGGGCGCGACGUCUCCGAGAGUGACCGAACAUGGUCCGUCUCUAUGUCAAACGUGACGCUCACUCGCGUAGGAUUGCGUACGUGUGUUCUUUACGGCUAAACUUAGGUACAGGGCACACUGCCUCAUGUGUUCUACAAGCAAGGCGUUUUAUUAGCCAAGUUAUUUUUAGUUUUUAUUUAAAUUUAAAUAGGCCAAAUUAUUAAAAUUCAAAUUUUAAUGGUGUUUUUUUUUUUUGGUUGAAAACAUCCUACGAAUCAAAUAUUGCGGUAAGUAGUAUGAUGUAAUAGGGGUGAAUAGUCUACACCCACACCAGACCUAGCCGGCCCCCACACCAGACCUAGCCGGUACCCACACCAGACCUAGCCGACACCCACACCAGACCUAGCCGACACUCAAACCACACCUAGCCGACACCCAAACCAGACCUAGCCGACAACCACACCAGACCUAGCCGGCACUCACACAACACAUAGCCGGCACCAACACCACACGUAGCCGACACCCACACCACACCUAGCCGACACCCACACCACACAUAGCCGACACCCACACCGUGCCUUGCCCUCACCCACACCACACCUAGCAGACACCUGCACCAAACCUAGCAGACACCUACACUAUUCCAUUAGCAUUAGAACAUGAUACAAUAUAAUAGAUGUAGCUGUCAUUGCCCACAAUUUUUCUACUGGAGGCUGCAGAUGUUUGCCCUUAACGGGGAUGUUGAGAACGCCAUGACACACCCAGUAAGACGUCUCUGAGACUUCAACGUCCACCCAGUAAGACGUCUCUGAGACUCUAACGUCCACCCAGUAACAUAUGAGUUAAUACGUAGUUGACUCAACAAUUUCUCCCCCCUCAGGAGUUAAUACCUCAUCAGCCGCACAAUGUCUCCCUCCCAGGAGUUAAUACCUCUGUCACUUCACAAAGUCUCCCCCCUCAGGAGUGAAUGCCUCAUGUACUACACAAUGUCUCUCCCUUCAGGAGUUAAAACCUCAGUCAAUACACAAUGUCUCCCCGCCCCCUUCAGGAGUUAGUACCUCAUGUACUACACAAUGUCUCUCCCUUCAGGAGUUAAUACCUCAUGUACUACACAAUGUCUCUCCCUUCAGGAGUUAAUACCUAAUGGACUACACAAUGUCUCUCACUUCAGGAGUUAAUACCUCAUGUACUACACAAUGUCUCUCCCUUCAGGAGUUAAUAUCUCAGUAAAUGCACAAUGUCUCUCUCUCACCACCUCGCCAACGGUCCCUUAGUACCGUAGUUUAGCCACAAGAUAAAAUUCCCUGUCCCUAGUACCGUAGUUAACCAUGAGAUAACGUUCAAUGUCCCUAGUACCGUAGUCUAGCCAUAAGAUAGCAUCCACUGUGCCCAGUACCGUAGUUUAGCCAUACGAUAACAUUCACUGUCCCUUGUGCCGUAGUUUAGCCAUAAGAAAACAUUCACUGUCCCUAGUAUCGUAGUUUAGCCACAAGAUAACAUUCACUGUCCUUAGUACCGUAGUUUAGCCAUGAGAUAUCGUUCACUGUGCCUAGCAACGUAGUUUAGCCAAAAUAUAACAUCCUUGGAUGCAUUGUAACAUUUAAAGAUGCGCGAUAUGACAUAUCAGUACGGUUGUGCAAUAUGACAUAUCAGUACGGUUGUGCAAUAUGACAUAUCAGUACGGUUGUGCAAUAUGACAUAUCAGUACGGUUGUGUAAUAUGACAUAUCAGUACGGUUGUGCAAUAUGACAUAUCAGUACGGUUGUGCAAUAUGACAUAUCAGUAAGGUUGUGCAAUAUGACAUAUCAGUACGGUUGUGCAAUAUGACAUAUCAGUACGGUUGUGCAAUAUGACAUAUCAGUACGGUUGUGCAAUAUGACAUAUCAGUACGGUUGUUCAAUAUGACAUAUCAGUACGGUUGUGCAAUAUGACAUAUCAGUAAGGUUGUGCAAUAUGACAUAUCAGUACGGUUGUGCAAUAUCACAUAUCAGUACGGUUGUGCAAAAUGACAUAUGAAUAAGGUUGUGCAAUAUGACAUAUCAGUAAGGGUGUGCAAUAUGUUAUAUUAGUAAGGGUGUGCGAGAAUAUGUAAUUAUGAGAUUGGAAAAACCAUCGACUUUAAGAUAGGAUUUUUAAAAAAAAUUAAGUGUGUGCUACUUCUUCAUUAUCAUUUUAAUUUUUGUAAUAAGAGAUAUUUUAUUUUGAAAUUCGACACUUCUCUUUGUAAUUCAAUACAAAAAAAGUUAGAUUUUUUUGGUUCAAUUUCUUAAAUUAACUGCUACAUUAUUUGGGGUGUGGAGGGUGGGUGAGACAUUGCCUUAAAAAAAAAAAAGCUAGCCGGGUUCAGAAUAUAGAAAUGUCUGGGAAGAAAUCGUGCCAGCUAUUGAUUGUUGGCAAUGUUCCCUUUAAGCUGCGCGGCUGUGCGGCCGCGCAGCUAUCUCACAGAAACCACGCAGCAGUUUUGAGUAUCCGCGCAGCUAAUUUCCAUGAAAGUGUGUGUUUAUAUUUGUGGGCUGUACAAUUUUGAAGACAAAAACAAAAAUGAUGCUGUAAAACUUCGCACACAACUGAAUGAUUUAGCACACAACUGAAUGAUUUAGCACACGACUGAAUGAUUUAGCACACGACUGAAUGAUUUAGCACACGACUGAAUGAUUUAGCACACGACUGAAUGAUUUAGCACACACCUGAAUGAUUUGGCACACAACUGAAUGAUUUGGCACACACCUGAAUGAUUUGGCACACACCUGAAUGAUUUGGCACACAACUGAAUGAUUUGGCACACAACUGAAUGAUUUGGCACACACCUGAAUGAUUUAGCACACACCUGAAUGAUUUAGCACACACCUGAAUGAUUUAGCACACACCUGAAUGAUUUAGCACACACCUGAAUGAUUUAGCACACGAACCAACAAACCUUAGAGGGAACAUUGAUUGUAGGUACAAAAUAUAGAAAUGUCUGGAAAGAAAUCGAGCCUUUAAUAAUUUUAGUCAACGUUAAAAUUUCUUUAAAUAGUAUAACUCUUUCGGUGCACCACUCUUGACGCAGGAUAUAGUUACGCCCCUGCCGGUUAACCCCCCCCACCCCAUCCUCAAGCCCACCCCAACUUCCCGUCUCCACGGAAACAAAUCAAAGCCCAUGUACCAUUCCAUCAGUUUGCCAUGCGGUUACCCUAAAGCUCCUGGAGUGCUUGGCCAAACGUUCAAACAGCUAAGAUCGCGGGUUGUCCCAGAUUGGCCGAGGGUCGCUCGAGUGUUGAUUGUCAGUAUUUGACACUGUGGUGGGUAGAAAUGAUCCCCCCUUCCCCCCCCCCCCAAACUUCCUUAUCGUUUCUUUGGAUUUAAGAGAAUGGUGGACCAGGUUCUCAAAACGUUCAUCACGGCUUCCACUGCUGAACGGAUCAAAGAGAGAUGGUGUGUUGUGCUAUGUUAAUCAAAGAGAGAGGGUGUGUUGUGCUAUGUUGAUCUUAGUGAGAUGGUGUGUUGUUCGAUGUUGAUCAAAGUGAGAUAAUGUGUUGUUCGAUGUUGAUCAAAGAGAGAUGGUGUGUUGUUCGAUGUUGAUCUUAGUGAUAUGGUGUGUUGUUCUAUAUUGAUCAAACAGAGAUGGUGUGUUGUUCGAUGUUGAUCAAAGAGAGAUGGUGUGUUGUUCGAUGUUGAUCAAAGUGUGUUGUUGUGUUGUUCGAUGUUGAUCAAAUUGAGAUGGUGUCUUGUUCUAUAUUGAUCAAAGAGAGAUGGUGUGUUGUUCUAUAUUGAUCAAACAGAGAUGGUGUGUUGUUCUAUAUUGAUUAAAGAAGGAUGGUGUGUUGUUCGAUGUUGAUCAAAGUGAGAUGGUGUGUUGUUCUCUAUUGAUCAAACAGAGAUGGUGUGUUGUUCUAUAUUGAUUAAAGAAGGAUGGUGUGUUGUUCGAUGUCGAUGAAAGGGAUAUUGUGUAUUGUUCGAUGUUGAUUUAAUGAGAUGGUGUGUUGUUCGAUGUUGAUCAAAUAAAGAUAGGUUGUUGUUCGAUGUUGAUCUUAGUGAGUUGGUGUGUUGUUCGAUGUUGAUCAAAGAGAGAUGGUGUAUUGUUCGAUGUUGAUCAAAGUGAGAUGCUGUGUUGUUCGAUGUUGAUCAAAUUGAGAUGGUGUCUUGUUCUAUAUUGAUCAAAGAGAGAUGGUGUGUUGUUCUAUAGUGAUCAAAGAGAGAUGGUGGUUGUUCAAAGUUGAUAAAAGUGAGAAGGUGUGUUGUUCUAUAUUGAUCAAAGAGAGAUGGUGUGUUGUUCUAUAGUGAUCAAAGAGAGAUGGUGGUUGUUCAAAGUUGAUAAAAGUGAGAAGGUGUGUUGUUCUAUAUUUAUCAAACAGAGAUGGUGUGUUGUUCUAUAUUGAUCAAAGUGAGAUGGUGUUUUGUUCGAUGUUGAUCAAAGUUAGAUGGUGUGUUGUUCGAUGUUGAUCAAAGAGAGAUGGUGUGUUGUUUGAUGUUGAUCAAAAUGAGAUGGUGUGUUGUUAGAUGUUGAUCAAAGUGAGAUGGUGUGUUGUUCGAUGUUGAUCAAAGUAAGAUGGUGUAUUGUUUAAUGUUGAUGAAAGUGAGAUUGUGUAUUGUUCAAUUUUGAUCGAAGUGAGAUGGUGUUUUGUUUAAUGUUGAUCGAAGAGAGAUGGUGAAAGUUUUUAUGUUGAUCAAAGUGAGAUGGUGUAUUGUUCAAUGUUGAUCGAAGAGAGAUGGUGUAUUGUUCGAUGUCGAUGAAAGUGAGAUAUUGUUAUGAUAUUUACACACGCUGUUAAAACUAAUUUUUGUAAAGUUAAAUCAUUGGUUCUCAAAGUUUCCCCUAAUAUUAAAAGAUGUUAAAAAUUUUUGUUAAUCAACUCAACAUGGAUAGUGAUGGGACUUAACUCAAUGUUGAUAGUGAUGGGACGUAACUCAGUGUGGAUAGUGAUGUGAAUUAACUCAAUAUGGAUAGUGAUGUACGUAACUCAGUGUGGAUAGUGAUGGGACUUAACUCAAUGUUGAUAGUGAUGGGACGUAACUCAGUGUCGAUAGUGAUGGGACGUAAAUCAGUGUCGAUAGUGAUGGGACGUAACUCAGUGUGGAUAGUGAUUGGACGUAACUCAGUGUAGAUAGUAAUGGGACGUAACUCAAUGUGGAUAGUGAUGGGACGUAACUCAGUCUGGAUUGUCAUUGGACGCAUCUUCUAGCAGACCUGCAAAAUUAUCUACACAUGGCAACUAGAUGCGAUAUCAGCCAUGACAAUGGACCACUAUAAACAUACAUUUGAACGGAAGACGUAAAAAAAAAAAAAAAGAAAAAAGAAGAAUAUAAUUAAUAGAAGGACUCCAUGAGGGAGUUAAAAAUAAAAAUGUAAAAAAUCUGUAGGUUCCAGUAAUUGUAAAACAAAAUUAUCUACACAUGGCAACUAGAAGCGAUAUCAGCCAUGAAAAUGGACCACUAUAAAAAUACAUUUGAACGGAAGACGAAAAAAAAAAAAAAAAGAAAAAAGAAGAAUAUAAUUAAUAGAAGGACUCCAUGAGGGAGUUAAAAAUAAAAAUGUAAAAAAUCUGUAGGUUCCAGUAAUUGUAAAGAGCCGCUACUCCAUCAAAAGUACGGCGCUAUUCAUAGCUUCUUAUGCUUGCUACAAAGUCAAUAACAUGAUGCACUUUGAAUGACUGCAGAUGUUGAAGAGCGACCACACACACAUUGCACACCUCACCUUAGGCAUAGAGUUACAAAGCGUGUUAAAAUGUAGCACAGUAAUCGGGUUGUUUGUUUCGUUUGGUUGCCAAAAAUAAAGCAUGGUUGGCUCUUUUAGUGAAGCAUGUUUUAGAUAGCUCAUUUUAUCCACUGGUUUUUUUUGUUUUUUUAAAUCCCAUUCUUAAAUUGAAGAAAAACUUGGUCUAAAAAGUUAAUUAGAAAACGUCCUUUUUUGAAGUGAUGACGUUGUAGGUAUUCAUUUGUGCCAGGAACUCAGGUGACAAGGUUGAAAAGGUUGGCGAGAUUGUAAUCUUUUGUUGGUGGUUGGAAGUAGGAAAUAGGUUGUUUGACAAUUGUUAGACUUUAGGGUACAGUGUAAAAACACUUUUUUACAGCUUCGCGGUAUAAAGGGAAUUUGUGACUACACUUUUUGUAAGCUAAAGAUAAUUAUAGUGAUCAUAAUAAUCAUGAUGAUCAUGCUGAUGUAAAAAAAAAAUGUAUUUCUCUGGUAAUAUUAAUAAUAUCAAUUAUUUUAACAAUAUUGAAAUUAAUAAGAAUAUUAGUAGUAAAAUUAAGUGUAAAAGCAGUGUAUAAAAUGACACAAAACCUAAAACUAACACUUACCCGACACUAACCCUGAUUUUAAAACUGAUAUUGACCCUGAAAUUGACCCUGACAUUGACCUUUGCAUUGACCCUGACAUGGACCCUGACAUUGAUCCUGACAUUGACGCAUGCACUGACCCCGACAAUGACACUUACAUGUACCCAGAAACUUACUCUGACAUUGACCCUGACUUUUAUACUGACAAUAAACAAAUUGAGUGACCGGAUGUUCGUUGGUCAAGUAUGUCAUCAAUGCCCAGAAAAAAAACCCCCAAAAAACCGGAUCCCCGAGGGGAGGUCAAUCGUCGACUUGAAAUGUCCGGAGCUGGAGUCCCAUAGGAUAUGACAUUGUCUCACUGUCCAUGCUGCCAACUCCUUUGUCGUCCCGGGUGCCAAGCUGUAACGUGCACCAGGUGUUACCUUGUGUUGACCAGAUGUGUGGAGGGAGAGAGGCAUGUGCAGGCUGGGGUUCAGCUGAUGCCUUCAUAAUAAAAUCACAAUGCUUUACAACUCUCUUCUUACACAACUUCCAACCACCACGACACAGACAUUUGCCAGAGCAGAUGCCGCGUAUGUUUGUAGUGUAUCUAAGACCAAUGACCAUCUUCGUCGACCCAACCACAGACCUAUCAAACCAAACCACAGACCUAUGAAACCCAUCUACAGACCUGUCAAACCCAAUCACAGACCUAUCCCACCCAACCACAGACCUAUCACACCCAACCACAGACCUAUCAAACCCAACCACAGACCUAUCAAACCCAACCACAGACCCAUCACACCCAACCACAGACCCAUCACACCCAACCACAGACCUAUCACACCCAACCACAGACCCAUCACACCCAACCACAGACCUAUCACACCCAACCACAGACCUAUCACACCCAACCACAGACCCAUCACACCCAACCACAGACCUAUCAAACCCAACCACAGACCUAUCACACCCAACCACAGACCUAUCAAACCCAACCACAGACCUAUCAAACCCAACCACAGACCUAUCAAACCCAUCUACAGACCUAUCAAACCCAACCACAGACCUAUCAAACCCAACCACAGACCUAUCAAACUCAUCUACAGACCUUUCAAACCCAACCACAGACCUAUCAAACUCAUCUACAGACCUAUCAAACCCAAUCACAGACCUAUCACACCUAACCACAGACCUAUCAAACCCAACCACAGACCUUUCACACCCAACCACAGACUUAUCAAACCCAACCACAGACCUAUCAAACCCAACCACAGACCUAUCAAACCCAACCACAGAGCUAUCAAACCCAACCACAGACCUAUCACACCUAACCACAGACCUAUCACACCCAACCACAGACCCAUCAAACCCAACCACAGACCUAUCAAACAACCACAGACCUAUCACACCCAACCACUGACCUUUAACAACCAACCACAGACCUAUCUACCCCAACCACAGACCUAUCACACCCAACCACAGACCUAUCAAACCCAACCACAGACCUAUCACACCCAACCACAGACCUAUCACACCAAACCCCAGACCUAUCACACCCAACCACAGACCUAUCAAACCCAACCACAGAUCUAUCAAACCCAACCACAGAUCUAUCAAACCCAUCACAGACCUAUCUAACCCAACCAAUGACCUAUCAAACCAAAUCACAGACCUAUCACACCCAACCACAGACCUAUCAAACCCAAGUCAGACCUAUCACACCCAACCACAGACCUAUCACACCCAACCACAGACCUAUCACACCCAACCACAUACCUAUCACACCCAACCACAGACCUAUCACACCCAACCACAUACCUAUCACACCCAACCACAGACCUCUCACACCCAACCACAGACCUAUCACACCCAACCACAGACCUAUCACACCCAACCACAGACCUAUCACACCCAACCACAGACCCAUCACACCCAACCACAGACCUAUCACACCCAACCACAGACCUAUCACACCCAACCACAGACCCAUCACACCCAACCACAGACCUAAACACCCAACCACAGACCUAUCACACCCAACCACAGACCUAUCACACCCAACCACAGACCUAUCACACCCAACCACAGACCUAUCACACCCAACCACAGACCUAUCACACCCAACCACAGACCUAUCAAACCCAACCACAGACCUAUCUAACCCAGCCCCUGACCUAUCCAACCCAACCUCUGACCUAUCGAACCCAACCACAGACCUAUCAAACUGAGUCAUUGAUGUACCAAUACACCAUUCUACCAGACACUAAGUCUCCAUUAAAUGCAUAUAAUAAUUUAGCGAAGUAACAGCUUAACGAUCGUUUAAUGAAGACGUGAAAACAAGGAAAAACAAAACAAUUUGAAAUAAAACCCUCGUCCCUCCGACCCAUCGCCUAAUGAUCCCGUGAUUGUAACACCCAUUCCACGUCCCACUCGCUGUCCCACACCAGCAAAUAGCUCAAUUCCGUCUGUCAAGGACUUCAUUAAGUGACCUGCAGACCCCUCUCUCUCUCAGCUCAUUAAGGGACAGAUAACUUGCACUGAUCAAAAAGAUAGGCUUAAGCCCCCUAGGCCCCCCCCCCAACCCCUUUGCUCUUAUCAGGCGUCGCCAUCUUUACGCAAUCUGCCAGGUCGGUUCGGGCCGAGUAGUCACGCUCUCGAGGGGACAAGGACGUCCUCGGGAACUGCGACAGAUUUCCGAGUACACUCGAGUUCGCACGGUGACUCUGUCAUCACCCUGUUACCAUCAACGCUCUCUCUCUCUCGCGCGCGGUUAACAACCGUGCACCAACGGAACUCUCUCGCCGGCCCGUCUCUAGCUGGCGGCCAUCUUUGCCGAAAACAGACUCGGCUCUAACUGUGCAUUGUUACGACAUUAAUUUAUUCAUGAGAGCCGCCAUGCCCCUGUGGUUUCGCCCUCGCGAUAAUUCGCAUUGUGGGUUGAUCCGUCGAGGGCGCCUGCAACGUUAGCACAAGAGGGGGCGCCGAUGAGCUAACGCUACCGGGAGCGGGAUGUAACAAGAGUUUAAGGGAGAUUUAGAUGGCCAGCAAUUACUGCCAUGGUGGGAAUUAGCAAGUUUUCUCGUCGACUUGAGGUUAAGGAGAAGAAGGAACCAGUGAUGGAACUAAUUGGAACUGAGGGGGGCAGGAGGCACAUCAUAGACUCGUCGUGUUUUGGACGCAGCCAAUGAGAGAUGUGACUGAGAGUAACACUAAGAAUCAGUUUCAUUUGCGGCAAAUUUGAUAAAAACUAUUUGUUAAAGUUGCGGAUGUAGUCAUGCCGCAGUAAAUGAUUUUUAAAAUAAAUAUUUAAUUGUUAUAAAAGCAGUUAUUGAACUGUGAUAAAUGAAGUUAUUUAAUUGCUAUAAAUGCAGUAAAUUAACUGUUAUUUUUGCAGCUAUUUAACGGUUUUAAAUUCAGGUAUUUAACUUUUAUAUAAGCAGCCACUACAUCCUUACAAUACAUAAUGUUGAACAAUCCUUACCAUUCUAUACUAGUGAACAAUCCUUACACUUAUAUUUUAUUAAACAAUCCUUACACUUAUAUUUUAUUGAACAAUCCUUAAAAUUAUAUUUUAUUGAAAAAUCCUUACAUUUCUAUAUUAUUGAACAAUCCUUACAACUCUAUAUUAUUGAACAAUCCUUAGACUACUAUACUAGUGAACAACAAUCCUUAGACUACUAUACUAGUGAACAAUCCUUACAAUUUUAUUUUAUUGAACAAUCCUUACAAUUACAUUUUAUUGAAUACUCCUUACAAUUAUAUUUUAUUGAACAAUCGUUAUAAUUAUAUUUUAUUGAAACGAAUUUUUUUUUCUAUUUUAAAAACUAAUGAUAUUUUUUUUUAUCGUACGGACAAUCAUUGUGUCAAUAGUCUAUCUCAUCUUACACACACUCAUUGUGUCAAUAGAAUCUCUCGUCUUAUUCACAAUCAUUUUGUCAAUAGUCUCUCUCAACUUAUACACAGUGUCUUGUCAAUAGUCUCUCUCAUCUUGCACACCAUUAUUAGUCGAUUUACCAAAUUCACCAUUCAGUGUUUAUAAUUCGGAACUUUUGUAACCUGUGGUUACCAGAAAACCGAGCUGGUUUGUGUCCCUCACUUCUUUCCCCAGAGGUCAUACAACUCUUGGAAAAUGGCUACUUGUCAUGUUUACACUUCUCUCCCCUUUGUCCCGCCAUGACACAAACAUCACGUGACAGGCUGGGCAUUAAUUCAUAAAUGACAUGACAAUGCCAUCAACAAAAGAAACGAAAGAAAGAAGAACCCCCCCCACCCCCCACCCCCCCNUCCCCCCACAAAAAAAAAAAAAAAAAAAACCCGUUACGGCUUGACAAAAACCAGUCGCCUUUUUUUUUUCUUUUGGUUUGAGUUCCGGGGAGCAGACGUUUCGCCAGCGGCGCCCAGCAAGCAAGUCUGCGUUUGUUCUGUUCCAGGGCCCCGACAUCUCUGAAAUCUUUCUUUAACACAUUCAAAUCUGCCAUCAAGGUCUGACCUCUUGCUGCCCCUACAAGCCAGUUUCCAACUCGCAUUCGAGCAGCUCCCUGACAUCCAGCCCCUCCCCCCUCCCACCCCCACCCCUUUCAUGUCACGUGCUGGAGAUCGUGCGAGCGUCUGAGCCGAGGGGUCCUCACGCGAUGUCAACCGGGUCAACGAUAAAUUUGAUGACGGUCAUAAAUUAAGACUCGGCGCGCGCGCUCCGGACCGCGGCCGUGACGUCACUUACACGAUAUACCAGGUUUGACCUACAGGGACUGGGUCCUAUCAAACGGCCAGUGGUGCCAUGUCAAGAGAUGAGGAAGGGAUGCGGAGGGAGAAAAAUAUCUGAGAUGGGUUUUGAGACAGUCGUGAAGAGUAAUUGCUGUGUCGGCAAAGACACUCUCGCAGGCAAUGGUGAGUACUUCAGCUGGGUUGGUGCUGCUAGGAUGAGUUCUCCGUGUGUUGUAUGUGACUCUACAAGACUCAACAAUCAACAUUGCAGUGUCAGGACCCACGGCAUCCGUCGGCGUCUGGACGUGAGACGCGGCAAACACGCGUGCCAGCAUUGGCCACUGACUGACCACACAACCCUUCAGGUCCAACUUAAAGAAACAAACUGUUGGUCAGCUGACCUGGCGCCGUCCAGCUAAGAAUGCAGUUCAUGCAUGUAUUGAGGGUAUCGUCGGUUUGAAAGCUGUGUGACGUACCGUUUUAUAGGUUUGAAAAUGUCAUCUGCUUUACGAUAUUGGCUAAAUUGAAUUAACGACACACGGAAGUAAGGGCUGGAGAAACAAAAUGUAUGCAAGGAAAGCCGACACCAAAGUCAAUGAUUGUAACAAAUAUACAAUUUAUCUAUACUAUAAAAUUUAUAUUUUUAAAAAUACAAAUCAAUUAAAAAAAAAAAAUUAACAAACUUUAUUAACUUACAGCAAGUGAACAAGUGCAAUCCUCAUUUAAAAAAAAAAAAAAAAAAAAAAAAAAUAAAAAAAAANGUAAGGGCUGGAGAAACAAAAUGUAUGCAAGGAAAGCCGACACCAAAGUCAAUGAUUGUAACAAAUAUACAAUUUAUCUAUACUAUAAAAAUUAUAUUUUUAAAAAAACAAAUCAAUUAAAAAAAAAAAAUUAACAAACUUUAUUAACUUACAGCAAGUGAACAAGUGCAAUCCUCAUUUAAAAAAAAAAAAAAGAAAGAAAACAUCAAAACAAAGCAAACGGACACACACACAAAACAACACACACACAAAACAACACACACACAAAACAACACACACAAAACAACACACACAACAACACACACAAAACAACACACACCCAUUUUCUUUUAAAUUAUUUUCUAAUUUUAGUGCAUUUUAAAGCGACAUUGGUAGAAUGUAUUUCUAUCUUUUUUUUAAUAAAAAUAUAUUUUUUGAUCACGCUGACAUGUCUGUGAUUAAGAAUCAUUAUCUACAUGUCUGUUAUUGCAUGUCUGUUAUUAAGUGUAUGCUUCUACGUGUCUGUUAUUACAUUGUCAUGUCUGUUAUUACAUGUCUGUUAUUAAAUGCCUGUUAUUACAUGUUUGUUAUUGCAUGCCUGUUAUUAAGUGUCUGUUUCUACGUGUCUAUACAUGUCUGUUAUUACAUGUCUGUUAUAACAUGUCUGUUUUUAAAUGUAUGUUAUUACAUGUCUGUUAUUACAUGUCUGUUAUUGAGUGUCUGUUUCUACAUGUCUGUUAGUGAGUGUCUGUUUCUACAUGUGUGUUUCUACAUGUCUGUUUCUACAUGUCUGUCUCUACAUGUCUGUUGUUACUUGUCUGUUUCUACAAUGUCUGUUUCUGCAUGUCUGGUUCUACAUGUCUUGCAACUCACAGAGUGUGAUCCAAAGCUUCAUUAUAUUAGAACAAGUCUGUGAGCUUGAAGAGAUUUAAGUCGUUUCAACAAUCUACCCAGUGCGGAUGUAAUAACUCUGAUCUCUUUCAUAAUCUCGGCCUAAAUAUCUAUGAACCCCAGAAACCCGCCAACUGCUGCUAGGAUGAGUUCUCCGUGUGUUGUAUGUGACUCUACAAGACUCAACAAUCAACAUUGCAAUCUAUGAACCUCAGCAACCCGCCAACUGGAUAGUACUUCUGCUGGGUUGGCAAAGAUACUCUCGUAGGCAGUGGAGAGUACUUCUGCUGGGUUGGUAAAGAUACUCUCGUAAGCAGUGGAUAGUACUUCAGCUGGGUUGGUAAAGAUACUGUCGUCAAUCAAGUUGUAGAGUGCUUCUGGCAAAUAUACUGUCAGCACGUGGCAACCAAUAUUAUCACUGUGAUACAAUGUCUAACAAUCGAUAAUUAAAUGGUUACCGGAAAUUUGAUCGAAAGAAAUUUCGUCGACGGUAAAUUGAUCGACGGUAAUUUGAUCGACAGGAAAUUUGGUCGAAUCUUUUUUUCAGUUCACACUUAAAAAUUUUCGUCAAAUUUCUUUUUGAACGCACUAUACUAUAUAGUAAAACAAAAUAAUGGGUUCAAAAAGACAAUUGAAGCCAAAUUUAAACGUAAAAACGGAAAAAAAGAUUCGACCAUAUUUCCGUUCGAUCAAAUUACCGUCGAUCAAUUUACCGUCGACGAAAUUUCUUUCGAUCAAAUUUCCGGAUACGUAAUUAAAUACAAUAGUUGUCAAUGGGAUACAAUGUCUAGGAAUCGGUACUUAUAACAUUAAGUUAAUUCAUCCCAUGUCGAAUAGUUUAAAUGUUACUUCUAGACAGAAUACAAUCUAGUUUUUACUUUAAUUUGUGACGAAUUUCUCAAAAAUAAAUUACAAUUGAUUUACUUUUCUGUCAUCUAACUGAUGAAGAACUAAUGAUAUGAUCACUCAAAUAUAGCAACCAACCAUGUGGUAAAUUUAAAAUGAUGUCUAGAUUUAAUAUUGUGCAGGCCUGCAUAACUCAAAAUAAAAGACGGGCCGUAACACUUUAUGAAAAACUUGUGCGGGCCGAAAUAAAAUUGGACAGGGGGGGGGGGGAGGUAUUAAGAAAAUAAUAAUAAUAAAAAUAUUUCGUGAUUUCAAGGGUCGCAAACUGGGUGCGGGAGUCGACUGAGUCAAAAAAAAUAAAUAAUUUCUUAGAUAAUCCAUAAAAAGUAAAAAUAAAAUUUGAUUUGUAAAAAAAUAUUUAAAUAGGCGGGGGGGGGGGGGAGGUAUUAAGAAAAUAAUAAUAAUAAAAAUAUUUCGUGAUUUCAAGGGUCGCAAACUGGGUGCUGGAGUCGACUGAGUCAAAAAAAAUAAAUAAUUUCUUAGAUAAUCCAUACAAAGUACAAAUCAAAUUUGAUUUGUAAAAAAAUAUUUAAAUUACCAAAGUAAGCACCAAUAAUGAUCUACAUUGAACAAAAGUUCAUGGGACAUUUAAAAUGCGUAGAACUGAAUGCUCAAAGGACAACAUGGUUAUUCUUGCAACGAACACUCGGCUUCUUAACCUGAAUCAAAGACGUUUUGAUAGAAAAACUAUUGAAUACAAUCUUUAACAACAAACAUCAAACAUGCCACGUCCAUCUCAUCGCCAACAUUGUCCGUCCUAGAUUCACGUGAACGGUACCUGAAAAUGAUUUCCGUCAGUUUCAAAGCAGCGUAUGAAUUUAUCGUUCAACAAUAAAAAGAAAAAAUAAAUAAACAUUGGCAUUUGAAUAAUCGCACUCUUAAGCUUGUCAUGGGAGUAUUCGAUAUAUUCUGAUUCGAUUUAUAAUCAUGAGAAAUCUGGCCAAAUUUUCCUCCAUUUCCGGAAUCAAGGGGCGGAGAAAAUCUGAGAUAAAGAGGAAAUGCGAAAGAAAUUGGGAAUAAUUAUACCGGAAUGAUUGAGAAGGGGGGAAACGGAUACAAAGAUUGACAAACAGGAUUCGGUGGCCAUCUUGAAAUCUAGCAAUUCUCAAGUGGCCAAUCAAGAGAGACUCUCAUGAGUUGGGCGCGACGGGGCGAGAAAUUCCGAGAGCGGGAAAACAAACAUGGCGUCAACUGGCGUUACGAGUUGGAAUGCCGGGAGAAAAUUGCGCCUUCAUUGGCAUUCAUGGAGUGGAAACGAGGCGAAAAUGGCCCGCCUUAGCGAUAGAGAGCCGGUCUUUAAUGAACAAAAUGGAGGCGUUUCCGGUCCAUCGGCGCGGCAACGCUGGGCAGAGUAUGGCAGAUUGUGUUCGCUUUAGGAGGUUUUCGCGUCUCUAGGGUAAUGACAUGGGGGCCAAAAAAUGGUGGAUCGAAACAGGGCGAUCUGGGAAGGGGGAAAAUUCCAAAACCAUAUAUCGGGAAUCCUUAUCGUAUACGAGUUAUCCCCGCUUUCUAAACAGGCUUGGCAAAAUAAUUGCAGCGAAAACCCAAUGAAAAUUGCUGCGGGAAAUCCUUAUUAAAAAAAAAAGCCAUUUCCAAGAAUUGAUUGGUAACUUUUUUUUAUAAUUACUGGAAGUGGCCCGUCAAACAAUGUGGCGGCGACAAUGCGCGAAGUUCCCAUCUACUGGAAGUGAUUCAUUGUAUCGGACAUAAAAUGAAAUCGGUUUCAGUCAAAUAAACCGAUAUAACUAACUAUAUUUUUAGGAAUCCCUUUUAGAAUUCGGAGUUGAAUCUUGUGGAGCUUAAAACCAACACACAUUUUUAUACUGCUAAGUGCAGUUUUCGGGAACUUUAUUUUGAGCGCCCGUACAACACAUCGCUACAGCCCUACACGCCUGCAUAUAUGAAUAAAGAAUUAUUAUUAUUUGUAAAUUAUGAUUAAUUAUUAUUUUAAAGAAUUAUUUGUGAUACUAUUUAAAAGUAGAAUGCUAAUGAAAGUAAAGUUGUAAUAUUUGGUGAGGUUUGGGGGGGGGGGGCAGAAUUAAGAGGAUGUCGUGCUAUUAUACGUAGUAAUAUUGAUGUUACUGGAUUGCUCGUCCUUAUAGUUAUACAACCUUGCUCCUUAACUUUGUUUAUGAAUAUUGCUGUUUAACAUUGCUCUUCAAAAUUUCUCUUCAACAUUGCUCAUCAAAAUUUCUCUUCAACAUUGCUCAUCAAAAUUUCUCUUCAACAUUCCUCAUCAAAAUUGCUCUUCAACAUUGCUCGUCAAAAUUGCUACUCUACAUUGCUCAUCAAAAUCGCUACUCAACAUUGCUUCUCAUCAAUGAUUCUCAAAGUUUUCAAAGUGACGGACCAGCCGGAAGUAUUCCCUUUGCAGAAAGGACGGGUUCAAAAUUAAUUGAUUCUUCAAAGAUCUCCCUUAAAGUGUAAUCCUCUCGGAGUGUAAUCCUCUCGGAGUGUAAUCCUCUCGGAGUGUAAUCCUCUCGGAGUGUAAUCCUCUCGGAGUGUAAUCCUCUCGGAGUAUAUCGUGAAAGUUGAUGUUUUCGAAAUAAAUAAAUUUAUAAAGUAAUAGAGCUGGAAAAGAAUUUUGCGGUUGGUUCACUUGAUGACGUCACAUUUGUUUAAUCACAAUUUAAUGGAUAGCUCUAUGUAUGUAUCAAUCCUUGGCGUCUUAAAAUUACGUUGGGCUGUGAAGAGUUUGGCGUAGUGUGUUGUGUAGUGUGUGGUGUGAUGGGUGGUGUGGUGUGUGGUUUGGUUAGUGGUGUAGUGGUGUAGUGGGUGGUGCAUUGUGUGGUGCGUUCCGCUUGUCAGACCCCAACCAUAUCCACCGUAUCCACCAUAUCCACUCUUUCAUUGUCUAGAGCAGGGAUUAACAAACAUUUUUCACGGCGCUGGAUAUCCGGAAAAAAAUGACGAGCGCGGGCCGAAUACAUCAUGCUGUCCAAUACUUGCAGGCCAGGGCCGGAUACAUCAUGCUGUCCAAUACUUGCGGGCCAGGGCCGGAUACAUCAUGCUGUCCAAUACUUUCAAGCCAGAACGAAAGCUCUGGGAAAAAAGACGAAAAACUAAGUUUAGUAGUCUAUGAUAAUCUAUGAGUUGGCGCGCAAUGCAAAAAAAACAAAAAAAAAAAAAAAAACAAACAAAAAAAAAAAAAAAAAAAAAAAAAAACAAGCAAAGACAAAUAACAUAUUUAUUUACUAAAAAGAAGUUGGCAAAGAAGGCGACGUUAGCAAAAUGAAAGUUUCAUCAGACUUAGUGCGCACAUUUUCAAAUCCCAUGAACUAAGCAGACAAAAAAAAAAAAAAAGGUCAUUGAAAUUUGUGAAAGAUAAUUUUGGAUUUCAAGAUAUCAUCAAUGUUUGGUUCGGAACUGCUGCAUAAAAAAAAGGUCAUUGAAAUUUGGGAAAGAUAAUUUUGGAUUUCAAGAUAUCAUGAAUGUUUGGUUCGGAACUGCUGCAUCCAAUCGUACGAACUGUUGUCAAAUGUUCAUGAAUAACACCCCCCCCCCGUUUCAUGUGUUUGCGUCAUAUACUUUAUUUUUGAAAAUCUUUGCUCCCAGACAAGAGUUGUUCCAGGCAUGCCGCAAACGGAUGCACACACUUCCUUUAUCUGAAAGUCAAAAUUGACAGCACAAAUAAUCACGAGAAGUUGUGAGGGAUCAGUAGACUCAUCCAGUGCCAGAGCAGGUUCCUAGUUUUCUGUAGCACUAUGUUCUCUCCAAGUUCUUCUGAUCUCCACAAAAACUGAACUUGCCGAAGGACCGUUAGCUACAAUCGCGGCAAAUACGAUUUUUAAUGUCCCCGUAUGUUUCCAAAACUCCUCUUUCUUUCACCCAUUUCCAGUUUGUGGUAGUUUUCAGACUAUAAUAUAUUAUCGGGAAUAGGCUUAAUGGAAAUUGAUUCUUAUUUUAUAUUUUUUUUAAAACCACCUUUUUCCCCACACAAAAAAAAAAGAACAAUCUUAAUUCAUAGUUAAUUCAUAGGUAUUUUUUAAAUGUCCUCAUUUGUUUAUUAAUUCUUAUUUAAAUACAUCUUGCUGAUCUGACUUCGAGUUUGAACCACGUUAAAUUUCGCCAGAAACUUAAUUUUGAUCAGUGAUAGACUUGAUCAUGCGAUUUGUACUUCUCAUUAUUUAAAAAUAUCAAUAGCAAAUGCACGUCUGCGAAAUAAAUUGACCGCAGAUUCCAAUAUCAAAGUCGGUCAUCUACUUUUAGAAGUCAACCUUUUUUUUACGCAAGUUUAUUCCGAUCCCACUGUGCACUGGGAUGCAAGCAGUGAUUGUAUUCAUUCUAUAGACCGUAUAUUUAUUUAUUUUACUCUUGUACCGCGCUUCGAGCCUUUGGGGAUGAAGCGUGUUUUUUAAAUACACUUUAUUAUAAUUAUUAGUAUUAUUUACAAUUAAGAUACGGUAUUGUACGAUUUCGAGACGAUAUUUUACGAUUUUAGGAGUGCGAGGGUAAACAGGUCUAUAAUAAAUAAAGAACAUAUAGAUACAUAAUUUAAAAUUGAAGACGGUAAACUAAGGCGCAUAGCAGCCAGGAGGUCUCCGCACGUGUAAAGAUCUCCUAGUAUUCUAAACAUAAUAUUGAAUUUUAAAUUGUAUCACAACGUCUCGUGUUCCCUACGUUUCAUCAAGCAAAUUCAAGUACCGACGGGAGGUGGGGGGAGGGGCGCGGAUGAACUGGUCUCACGGGCCGGAUCCGGCCCGCGUGCCGUAGUUUGGUGGUGACCCCGUGGUCUAGAGCAAUCGAUCUGCCCGACUUUGAGUUAAGCUCUUCCUCAGUUCAUACUACUAAACAUAUUUAUGCAUGUCAUUAAAAAGAUCCCCCCCCCCUAAAAGAAAUGCCGCAUACAUCACUUACCUCAUAUUUAACACGUGAUUACAUAGUUGUAUGGCUACAUAAAUUUAUUCCUUACCUAUUACUGCGCGAUGCCAUUCAGCCAUCUUGUCAUGUCAUCGCCCAUCUUGUCGUGUCAUCAGCCAUCUUGUCGUGUCAUCAUCCAUCUUGUCAUGUCAUCAGCCAUCUUGUCGUGUCAUCAGCCAUCUUGUCAUGUUAUCAGCCAUCUUGUCAUGUCAUCAGCCAUCUUGUCAUGUCAUCAGCCAUCUUGUCAUGUCAUCAGCCAUCUUGUCGUGUCAUCAGCCAUCUUGUCGUGUCAUCAGCCAUCUUGUCAUGUCAUCAGCCAUCUUGUCGUGUCAUCAGCCAUCUUGUCAUGUCAUCAGCCAUCUUGUCGUGUCAUCAGCCAUCUUGUCAUGUCAUCAGCCAUCUUGUCGUGUCAUCAGCCAUCUUGUCAUGUCAUCAGCCAUCUUGUCGUGUCAUCAGCCAUCUUGUCAUGUCAUCAGCCAUCUUGUCGUGUCAUCAGCCAUCUUGUCAUGUCAUCAGCCAUCUUGUCGUGUCAUCAGCCAUCUUGUCAUGUCAUCAGCCAUCUUGUCGUGUCAUCAGCCAUCUUGUCAUGUCAUCAGCCAUCUUGUCAUGUCAUCAGCCAUCUUGUCAUGUCAUCAGCCAUCUUGUCAUGUCAAACAUUGCCUCGCACCUCAAAAAACCUAUUGUUUCCUCUUUUCACUUCCCUCAGUAGUUUUUCAUCUUCGGAGUAGCUUGCCCUUGGUUUCAGUUCUGAGAAGCUCGCCAAACUCCACCACGCCGUCAUCCAGCGUCGUCAUACGAUCCGUUCUCACCGUCGUAAAUUGGUCAAAACUCUAGUACGCCACCCUCACUUGCUUGGGUUCAACGUCACUAAUUACAAGAUGUUUGACGCGCCAUCUCAGAUCCCACCUCUUUUCCCCCCACCUUCCCAGCACCCAACCCAACGCACCUCCUUGUCUCAGUUUCAAAUGAACAAGAUCCAUUUAUUUUUUGUAAAGAAAAGAAUUGUCCUGCAACAAAUGGGGCGUCUGCAAAAAAUGAGGCGUCUAAUGAUAGGGACUCGCAGUGGUCGCCGACAACACUAGGAUCAUGCUUCACAACUUAGGUGCGGGAAGAGCCGUGUUGUGGAGAGGAGGGGGGGGGCAGGUAUUGAUUUCAACUUGGGCCCAAGAACUGGGUGGCGCCCCGUCCCACCCCCACCCCCACCUCGCUAUCGCUUACACCUAUAAGUCCCAAUGAAGCUGGGAAAGUGCUGCUUCAUAAUUUAUCCUGCAAUGAAGUGUGGGUAGCCGAUGGGUUCUUGGGUGCGAUGGUUUGAGUUUGGGGGCUUGGGGUGGGGGUGGGGGUGAGGGGGGUUCAGGAGCGGAGACCGGCGUUGAUAAAGACGGGCACAAAUGGGUAUCUGGGAGGUAAUGGAGCGCUAUUUUAUGUCACAUUUAGAUUAGGUUUCCUUACAAUAUGUUGUGAGUCGGCUUUAUAAUUAGUUCUGUCAUUCUGCCGACCGAAUAACUGCCAAGAAUUUGGUUAAUUACUCUACAUAAAGGAUAUUUUUUUUGUUAAGAGUAAGGGACAUGAUAUCUUAAGGUGAAUAUUUCAGUUUUGGAUUUCCAAUUCCCCAUUAUGGCAUUCCGAAAAAAAAAAAAAGAUGAGAUUACGUUUCUGUAGGUGGUUUUUGACGGAAAGAAAAGUCUUGUUCAAACCAUGACGACCGCACAGAAAAGGGUUAAUUGUGCAGAGUGUAGACUGAGUAAAGGGUUAAUUGUGCAGAGUGUAGACUAAGUAAAGGGUUAAUUGUGCAGAGUGUAGACUAAGUAAAGGGUUAAUUGUGCAGUGUGUAGACUAAGUAAAGGGUUAAUUGUGCAGUGUGUAGACUAAGUAAAGGGUUCAUUGUGCAGUGUGUAGACUAAGUAAAGGGUUAAUUGUGCAGUGUGUAGACUAAUUAAAGGGUUAAUUGUGCAGUGUGUAGAAUAAGUAAAGGGUUAAUUGUGCAGUUGUAGCCUAAGUAAAGGGUUAAUUGUGCAGUUGUAGCCUAAGUAAAGGGUUAAUUGUGCAGUGUGUAAACUAAGUAAAGGGUUAAUUGUGCAGUGUGUAGACUGAGUAAAGGGUUAAUUGUGCAGUUGUAGCCUAAGUAAAGGGUUAAUUGUGCAGUUGUAGCCUAAGUAAAGGGUUAAUUGUGCAGUGUGUAGACUGAGUAAAGGGUUAACUGUGCAGUGUGUAGACUGAGUAAAGGGUUAAUUGUGCAGUGUGUAGCCUAGGUAAAGGGUUAACUGUGCAGUGUGUAGCGUAAGUAAAGGGUUAAUUGUGCAGUGUGUAGCCUAGGUAAAGGGUUAACUGUGCAGUGUGUAGCCUAAGUAAAGGGUUAAUUGUGCAGUUGUAGCCUAAGUAAAGGGUUGAUUGUGCAGUGUGUAGACUGAGUAAAGGGUUAACUGUGCAGUGUGUAGACUGAGUAAAGGGUUAAUUGUGCAGUGCGUAGCCUAGGUAAAGGGUUAAUUGUGCAGUGUAUAGCGUAAGUAAAGGGUUAAUUGUGCAGUGUGUAGACUGAGUAAAGGGUUAUUGUGCAGUGUGUAGACUGAGUAAAGGGUUAAUUGUGCAGUGCGUAGCCUAGGUAAAGGAUUAACUGUGCAGUGUGUAGACUGAGUAAAGGGUUAUUGUGCAGUGUGUAGACUGAGUAAAGGGUUAAUUGUGCAGUGCGUAGCCUAGGUAAAGGGUUAACUGUGCAGUGUGUAGACUGAGUAAAGGGUUAAUUGUGCAGUGUGUAGCCUAGGUAAAGGGUUAACUGUGCAGUGUGUAGCGUAAGUAAAGGGUUAAUUGUGCAGUGUGUAGCGUAAGUAAAGGGUUAAUUGUACAGUGUGUAGACUAAGUAAAGGGUUAAUUGUGCAGUGUGUAGCGUAAGUAAAGGGUUAAUUGUGCAGUGUGUAGCCUAGGUAAAGGGUUAACUGUGCAGUGUGUAGCGUAAGUAAAGGGUUAGUUGUGCAGUGUGUAGCGUAAGUAAAGGGUUAAUUGUGCAGUGUGUAGACUAAGUAAAGGGUUAAUUGUGCAGUGUGUAGCGUAAGUAAAGGGUUAACUGUGCAGUGUGUAGACUAAGUAAAGGGUUAAUUGUACAGUGUGUAGACUAAGUAAAGGGUUAAUUGUGCAGUGUGUAGCGUAAGUAAAGGGUUAACUGUGCAGUGUGUAGACUAAGUAAAGGGUUAAUUGUACAGUGUGUAGACUAAGUAAAGGGUUAAUUGUGCAGUGUGUAGCGUAAGUAAAGGGUUAAUUGUGCAGUGUGUAGAAUAAGUAAAGGGUUAAUUGUGCAGUGUGUAGACUAAGUAAAAGAUUAAUUGUGCAAUGUGUAGAGUAAGUAAAGGGUUAAUUGUGCAGUGUGUAGCGAAAGUAAAGAGUUAAUUGUGCAGUGUGUAGACUGAGAAAAGGGUUAAUUGUACAGUGUGUAGACUGAGUAAAGGGUUAAUUGUACAGUGUGUAUACUAAGUAAAGGGUUUAAUGUGCAGUGUGUGGACUAAUUAAAGGGUUAAUUGUGCAGUGUGUAGCCUUUGAAAACGGUCUUCAGAUUAAAUUAUCAAUUCAACCACAAAGCAUCAAUAUAUGUAAUAUAUGAACGAGAAAGUUUCUCAAUACAUAAUCUUAACUUAUGUAAAGAAAAGCUAUUUGUAGAUGGUGUCAUAAAUUGAUAAUGUUUGUGCUCAUUUAACUCCUUAAGAUAUGUAUACAGGACUAAUGCACAAUGACGCAUAGUUCUGGGUGCCCAAUUUUGAUCGUGUUAGUUGUAAGGCAAUUACCCACAGACCCACCAGCUCUAAUUGUUUCUAGAGAUAAUGGUGGAUCUCAACUCUUUGAAAUAAGAGGACCAUUAAUAGGGUACAUCAUUCGAUCUGGGGACUGGGGGAUGCUUUACGCAGUGAUCGGCUUGGCUACUUAAAAAUGCGAAACGUCACUAGAGGUGUGGGGGCUGAACUUCCCAAAGAUUGUCUACUGCACGAAGUGAUGUUAAAGUGCUGGGGGCAUCAAACUUAGAGCCCAUUAUUAUGUUUGGGGGGGGGGGAGCGCACACACAGAGCAGCGAGUAAAAAACAACAAUUAAGAGAAACCUAUCUCCGUGUACCCCUCGUUCUACUACAAUACACAAAAAACGUAACCUACGCCAUCAUCCCCACGAAGUGAUGUUAAAGUGCUGGGGGCAUCAAACUUAGAGCCCAUUAUUAUGUUUGGGGGGGGGGAGCGCACACACAGAGCAGCGAGUAAAAAACAACAAUUAAGAGAAACCUAUCUCCGUGUACCCCUCCUUCUACUACAAUACACACAAGACGUAAGCUACGCCAUCAUCCCCCGUAACGAUUAUAAUUCGCUACUUGUAAAAAAUUUAUAAAUCUAUAUAUAGUCAAUUAUUUUUUUUUAUUUUCAUUUGUAUUAAUUUUAUUUGUUGGUUUUUGUCCACUCCUCAGGACGAAAUGGAAAAGGCAGACAGCUGUGGGCCUGGAGCUGCUAGCCGAAGCUGGGAACUACGCAGCCGUGCAGAGGAUGCUGCAGACGAACCCGUACUGGGCGUCGUAUCACCCCCACGCGGCCGCCCUCCUCUCCAGCAUGGACUCGCUCUACUACAGGCACGGCGUGACGUCGCUGCCCAUGAGCAGGCCGGUGCUCCCUCGCAUGCUCCUGCACAACAUGCAGCAGCCGGUGCCGCCACUGCCACCCCCACCACACUAA